AUGUUCAAUUUUGGUGGGUCUGGGACACGCACGGCGUCUAAUAAUACAAGUGGCUCUUUGUUUGGGAACAAUGCUGCCGGUGGCGGUGGCGGAGGCCUGUCGUUUGGUCAAGGCUCGAGCGCUCAAACAACAGGGACUGGUGGAGGACUUUUCGGGCAGCAGAAUACGACCAUUAAUGCCAAUUCGUCCCUAUUUGGUAACAACGCAUCCGUAGCUGGCAAUACUGGCGGGACUGGGUUCUCUUUUGGUCAACAACAACCCCAGCAACAAAACUCACAGUCAGGCGGACUUUUUUCCGGGAGUAAAAACAAUACUGGUGGUACAAGUCUUUUUGGUAACACGGGCUCUAAUUUGAGUCAGGGUGGUGCGGCAGGUACCGGUACAGGUCUAGGAUCAGGAGGUUUAUUCGGUUCGAGCGCGGGUUCAGGAUUUGGAAGCCAACAACAACAACAAGCACAACAACAGCCCACGGGUGGCACUGGUCUUUUUGGAAGCUCCAUGGGCUCUCAGCAGGCUUCCCAACAGGUACAGAGUCAAGGCAACUCACUUUUUGGUAGUGGCACCGUGAAAUCGACCCAGCCUACUUUUGGAUGGUCUCAACCUGUUGGUGGAGGACAGUCCAACCAACAACAACAACAGCUCACGCAGCUCCAACAACAGCAACUACGACAACAGCAACAACAACAACAGCAGCAACAACAACAGAUACAGCAAAUACAACAGUCGAACUACCCGUCCCAAAUUCAAGAGCAGAUCUUGAAAUGUAAAGACUCGUGGGAUCCAAGGUCGUCUAGGUCCAAGCUGAAAACUUUUGUUUAUAACAAGGCCAAUGAAACCGAGGCAAUGUUCUAUACAAAGCCGGCAGAUGUAUCACAGGAAGAUUGGGACGACGCAUUACUCCAUAAAUCGUCUCCGAGCAUGAUUCCCGUACAAUUACUUGGUUUCGAAGAUCUCAAUCAGCGCAAUACUUUACAAAAAGAGCACGUUGCACAAGCACGUGUAAUUCUAAAUCAAGUACUUGAAAGGCUAACCCAGCUUUCUCAAAAACACGAUCUAGACACAGCGACGAGAAUAUUGAAGGCUCAAGCAAGAAACGUUAAAAUUCAGCAGCGCAUUUUAAAACUUGGAUCCAAUUUGGCUAUCCUCAGGACAAAGGGUCUGCCACUUUCCGUCGGAGAAGAGAAUAUGUGGUCCCAAUUUGACCAACUUCUCAAGCAAAGCAACGAUCCAGCUGGUCUAGGUAAAAAUAACGAACUCUGGGCUCGUUUGAUAGUGCUGAAAGAGCGCGCUAAGACCAUUUCAGAUCAUCUGGAUAGCUCCCUUGUCGUAAUGAGCGAGGGCAGCAACGGAAUAUUGAAUGGUAAGGAUGGACACGACGCCGAGGAGCAGCGCGUCAACGACGAAGCCGAACAGAGUAUACAGAAAGUCGUCGAAGUACUAAAGAACCAGCAACGUGGACUCAUCUAUCUAAAUGGUGUCUUAGAGAGCGAUGAUAAAGCACUGGCCAAAUAUGUCAAAUAA